AAAAUGAAGCAAUUGAAGAGGAAAAGGAAAAGCAAUUUCAGUGUACAAGAAACUCAGACCCUUUUGAAAGAAAUUACGAAAAGGAAAGAAGUAAUUUUUUCCAAGCAGCUCAAUACAACAAUUAAUGUAAUGAAGCGAAUGGCUUGGGAGGAGAUUGCACAGUGUGUGAAUGCUGUAGGAGAAGGAGAACAGAGAACAGGGACAGAAGUGAAAAGAAGGUACCUUGACUGGCGAGCCCUUAUGAAGAGAAAGAAGAUGAAGGCAAACAUUAAGCUAGUUGGUUCAGGGUUUCCCCUUCCCACAUCUGAUUUAGAUGACUCUCUCACUGAAGAGAUAGAUGAAAAGAUUGGAUUCCGAAGUGAUACAAAUUUUGAUUGGCAAAAUGUGGCAGAUUUCAGGGAUGCAGGUGGAUCCUUAACUGAGGUCAAGGUGGAAGAGGAAGAAAGAGAUCCCCAGAGUCCUGAAUUUGAGAUUGAAGAGGAAGAAGAAAUGUUGUCAUCAGUCAUACCAGAUUCCAGGAGGGAAAAUGAACUUCCUGAUUUCCCCCACAUUGAUGAAUUUUUUACUCUGAACUCAACACCAUCUAGGUCUGCAUAUGAUGAGCCCCAUUUGCUUGUAAACAUAGAGAAACAGAAACUAGAAUUGGAAAAACGAAGGCUUGAUAUUGAGGCUGAAAGACUGCAGGUAGAGAAGGAACGCCUACAGAUUGAGAAAGAGAGGCUGCGACAUUUAGACAUGGAGCAUGAGCGACUUCAGCUGGAGAAGGAGCGGUUGCAGAUUGAAAGAGAGAAGCUGAGGUUACAGAUAGUCAACUCAGAGAAGCCAUCUUUGGAAAGUGAACUUGGUCAAGGGGAAAAGUCCAUACAUCAGCCACAGGAUAUAGAAACUGAGAAGUUAAAACUUGAGAGAGAACGCUUACAACUGGAAAAAGAUAGGCUACAGUUUUUGAAAUUUGAAUCAGAGAAGCUGCAGAUUGAAAAGGAACGCUUACAAGUAGAGAAAGAGAGACUACGAAUUCAGAAGGAAGGACACUUGCAGUGA